GCCUAGCAGUUCGCUUGCUGGAGUAGCUGGGCUCGGCGGGACAUGAGGGCGCUGCGCUCCCAGCGCGCUCCAGCCUGCUAGCUCCAGCCUGCUAGCGCUCUCGCCCCGUACCUGGCCGCCGCCGCCUCGGAGCCCAGCUGGGCCUGCGCUCUCCCGCCCGCCGGCUCACACCGCUGCAGUCAUGGGGCUGCAGCCCCUGGAGUUCAGCGACUGCUACCUCGACAGCCCGUGGUUCCGGGAGAGGAUCCGCGCGCACGAAGCGGAGCUCGAGAGGACCAACAAGUUCAUCAAAGAGCUCAUCAAAGAUGGGAAGAACCUCAUCGCCGCCACCAAAAGUCUUUCGGCAGCCCAGCGGAAGUUUGCUCAUUCGCUCCGAGACUUCAAGUUCGAGUUCAUUGGGGACGCAGAGACGGAUGAUGAGCGGUGCAUAGAUGCUUCCUUGCGGGAAUUUUCCAACUUUCUGAAGAAUCUGGAAGAACAGAGAGAGAUCAUGGCAUUAAGUGUCACCGAAACCCUGAUUAAACCCUUGGAGAAAUUCCGAAAAGAACAACUCGGAGCGGUAAAGGAAGAGAAGAAGAAGUUUGACAAGGAGACGGAAAAGAAUUACAGUCUAAUUGAUAAACACUUGACUCUAUCUGCCAGGAAGAAAGACUCUCAUCUGCAAGAGGCAGAUCUCCAAGUGGAGCAGACCCGGCAGCACUUCUACGAACUCUCUCUGGAAUAUGUGUGCAAGCUCCAGGAGAUCCAAGAAAGAAAGAAGUUUGAGUUUGUGGAGCCUAUGCUGUCCUUUUUCCAAGGAAUGUUCACUUUCUAUCAUCAGGGUCAUGAACUUUCCAAAGACUUCAAUCACUACAAAAUGGAACUACAGAUCAACAUUCAGAAUACACGGAAUCGAUUUGAGGGAACCAGGUCAGAAGUGGAAGAACUUAUGAAUAAAAUCAGGCAGAAUCCCAAGGACCACAAGCGAGCAAGCCAGUUCACAGCAGAAGGCUACCUGUAUGUCCAGGAGAAAAGGCCAGCUCCAUUUGGGUCCAGUUGGGUCAAACACUAUUGCAUGUAUCGGAAAACAGCCAAGAAAUUCAACAUGAUCCCAUUUGAGCACAGAUCUGGGGGGAAACUGGGGGAUGGAGAGGUGUUCUUUUUGAAAGAAUGCACCAAAAGAUAUACCGACUCCAUCGACAGAAGGUUUUGCUUCGACAUUGAAGCUGCUGACAGGCCUGGCGUCCCCGUGACCAUGCAGGCGUUUUCAGAGGAAGAGAGGAAACAGUGGCUGGAAGCUCUGGGAGGAAAAGAAGCUCUCAUCCAUACUUGUAAUAAAGCCAUCAUUCCAAGACCAGAAGGAGGUGCACAGCUGGAUACGAUGGGAUUCACAAUUCUCAGAAAGUGCAUCAGUGCUGUUGAGACACGAGGUAUAAAUGACCAAGGAUUGUACAGAGUUGUGGGGGUGAGUUCAAAGGUCCAGAGACUUCUGAGUAUGUUGAUGGAUGAAAAAACAUGUAAUGAGCUGGAUCUGGAGAGUUCCGUAGACUGGGAAGUGAAGACGGUCACCAGUGCCUUGAAACAGUAUCUGAGGAGUCUUCCAGAACCUCUUAUGACCUAUGAGUUACACAGAGACUUCAUUGUUCCAGCCAAGAGUGGCAGCCCGGAGGCCCGUGUUAACGCCAUCCAUUUCCUGGUACACAAACUGCCAGAGAAAAACAAGGAGAUGUUGGAUAUCUUGGUGAAACACCUAACCAAUGUGUCAAAUCACUCGAAGCAGAAUCUAAUGACCGUGGCAAACUUAGGAGUGGUGUUUGGACCAACUCUGAUGAGACCGCAGGAAGAAACUGUUGCCGCCAUCAUGGAUCUGAAGUUUCAGAAUAUUGUUGUAGAAAUCUUAAUUGAAAACCAUGAGAAGAUAUUUCGGACCUCGCCUGAUGCUGCCCUCCCUGAGCCCACCUGCCUGUCGGCAUCGCCUCCAAACGCUCCGCCGCGACAGUCAAAGAGGCAGGGGCAGAGGACCAAGAGGCCGGUGGCUGUGUAUAAUCUUUGUCUCGAGCUGGAAGAUGGUGACAGUCCCAGCCCUCUCAAGGAGGACACUCCCAGCAGUCAGGAUUCUCUGUCCACUCCGUCUCCCACAACUUCAACUGCCCAUGGGCUCUCUGGCCCAGAGAGAAACCACCUCCCAGCAGACGGAGGGGCCAGUGGAGACUGGACAGCCACUACGCCAAGCCAGCCCCAGCCAUCUAUGGUGCAGUGGCUAAAUCUGCAGUCUCCAACCACACCAAGCUCCAACGCAGCCGGUACACCUCCUUCAACAAGGAUGUCCCCUUUCCCCCUCUCUCCUGCUGCCUCCAUUGUAGACAAGCUGCCUGAAUGCGUUAUCAAUCGCAAGGCCCGCGCAGUGUACCCAUGUGAGGCAGAACACAGCUCGGAAUUGUCCUUUGAAAUAGGAGCCAUUUUUGAGGAUGUUCAGACCUCAAGGGAACCUGGUUGGCUAGAAGGGACCCUGAACGGCAAGAGAGGGCUGAUUCCACAGAAUUACGUCAAACUGCUGUAGCUCCUGGCCUCAGGAGGGCUCCCGCUGAUCCUGGCACCCAUGCACUAGCCUGGGACAGCACCCAAAUGCCACCGUCACGCUCAGGAACUGCAGAUCACCAUGGGCACUCCAGGGCUGAGGACAGGAUGGAACUUGCACCCAGGACUGGGCAGACGUGAGCGUAAGGAGAGCAAGACCAGCAUUGGAAGAGUGGAUUCUUAUCUGUCAGGCACCGGGUCUUGCAAUUGUUAAAUUCUGCAGCCUGUGAAGCAGGGGGGGCAGGCCCCAUGGGUGACAUCACUGCCAGGCAUGGAAGGCUCCCACUCUCCAUGCACUCACUGUUGGGGUUUUGUGGGAACUGUGCUGUUCUCACAUUGUGUGUCCAAGGCACAUGUGGCCUUGUGAGUGCAGGGGAGUCAGUCCCAUCCUGGGGGGAAGCAAAGAGAAACUUUCAAGCCCAUGUCUUCCUGUCUGCCUCUCCUGGCUCCCAGAGCCUGCUCACUGGCAGCUGCACCAAGCUCAUAUGUGUGCUUACCAUGACCUUUCCAUGUGUUCACCUGGGUGCUGUUUCUCCCAUGCAAACUUGUUGCCACAAGGCCCCUCUGUAAAUGAAAUAAAAUAUUAUUUACUA